AUGUCUUUUAAUUUCGGCACCAACCCAACCUCGACCACCACAACUACAACAUCCUCUUUUACGUUUGGUGCUCCGACAACAACCACGACUUCAUCAUUUUCAUUUGGUGCCCCGACAGCAACAACCACUUCAACGUUUAGUUUUGGCACGCCGGUCGCUACAACCACGGCUUCGGGUACAGGGUUCAAAGGCUUUCCUGGAUUUGGUUCCAGUUCCACAGGUGGAUUUACUGGCUUGACUGGCUUUGGUACGAGCACGACAAGCGCGGGUUCCACUUUUGGGACAUCCUCAUUCGGAAAUUCUACAGGCACUGGCAGCUUUUUUGGUGGUUUUGGUACAAACACAACGAGUAGCGGUUCCACUUUUGGGAGUUCGGCUGGCACAGGUGGCUUUUUUGGCAAUACCCAGCAACAACAGCAACAGCAGCAAGCCGCUAAUCAAUUGGAUAAUUUGGCCAAAGCUGUCAUGAUGCCUCACAUAUUUAAUGAUGAGAGAGACUCCAUCAUUGCCAAAUGGAAUCUUUUACAAGCGUAUUGGGGGACUGGACAAGCCUAUUUCGAUUCCAACGGUUUUGUUGAUCUAACAUCUGAAAAUCUCUUAUGUCGAUUCAAGGCAAUCGGCUACAGUUGCAUUCCUCAGAACAAAGAUGAAGAUGGAUUCGUUGGGCUAGUCUUAAAAAAAUCUUAUUCUGAUAUUAAAUUCUGUUCACUCCUACUUAAAUGUUUUCCAUUUUCCCAUUCCUCAUUCUCCAUUCUCCUCCCGCUUUUUCCCAUUCUCCUCCCGCUUUUUCCCAUUCUCCUCCCGCUUUUUCCCAUUCUCCUCCCGCUUUUUCCCAUUCUCCUCCCGCUUUUUCCCAUUCUCCUUUCUCCUCCGCUUUUCCUUUUUUCCCGGUUUUCUCCCUCCUGUUUUCUCCUGAUUUUCCCUUUUUUCCCAUUCUCCUCCCUUUCUUUUCCCUUUCUCCUCCCGGUUCUCUCCCCAUUUUCCCUGUUUUCUCCCGAUUUUUCCCUUCCUCCACGUUCUCCUACCCUCUUUCUCCACGUUCUCCUACCCUCUUUCUCCACGUUCUCCUACCCUCUUUCUCCACGUUCUCCUACCCUCUUUCUCCACGUUCUCCUACCCUCUUUCUCCACGUUCUCCUACCCUCUUUCUCCACGUUCUCCUACCCUCUUUCUCCACGUUCUCCUACCCCUUUCUUUCUCCACCCUCUUCUCUCCCCCUCUUUCUCCACGUUCUCCUACCCUCUUUCUCCACGUUCUCCUACCCCUUUCUUUCUCCACCCUCUUUCUCCCGUUCUCCCUCUUUCUCCACGUUCUCCUACCCUCUUUUUCUCCUACCCUCUUUCUCUUCUCCUACCCUCUUUUCUCCACGUUCUCCUACCCUCUUUCUCCACGUUCUCCUACCCUCUUUCUCCACGUUCUCCUACCCUCUUUCUCCACGACAGAAAUGGUUAUCUACAUUGUGGAACGCCAAAUGACUGGGCAGAUGAGACGCUAUCCAACAUCUAAAGUUGUAGAAGAUCUUAACAAUGUCAAUGUAAAAAAGAAAAUGGAAGAUAACCCGCUCUUUGUUGAACACAUUCUCUCAAAGCGUUCACUAAAUACAGAACAGAUGAAAUCUUAUUUGGAAAACCCACCAGCAGGAAUCGAUCCAUUGCUAUGGCAACAAGCUAAGAAGGACAAUCCAGAUCCUGAAUCCUUUGUUCCAAUUCCAAUUGUGGGAUUCCAACAAUUGCAGCAGAGAUUAAAACAACAAGAACAACAGACAAAAUGCCAUCAAAGCCGAAUUGAUCUGAUUGCUCAAGAAUUGAAUGAAUUGCAAAACAAGCAUCGAAAUACAAUUGCUCGUGUUGAGGAGGCUAAACGCAAACAUCUCAACUUAGGACACAGGUUGCUUAAGGUAAUAGCUAAACAGGAGGUGUAUCGGAAAUUGGGUGUGGCUAUGCAAGAUACAGAGGAACAGUUUCGUGCCCAGUUGGAGGCCCUUCAGUCAGAGUUGAACCACCCGACACAAUUCAAGGGGCGACUGAAUGAACUUUUAUCUCAAAUUCGAAUGCAAAAUCAUAUGACGGCUUCUCGAGCGGACACUAACUACCAAAUGGAACCAUUAAUGGAAGAAGAAAUUCGAGAGUUAUUGAAGCAACAACAGACAGGAAUCCAUCACAUUAUUCAGUUGAUGAAGGAUGAUUCAGCCGACCUGUGUCUGAUUGAAGAAGGACUUGCAGAUAUCUCUGCAGCUAAUAGUCGGUAA